GCAAGAGAGACGAAUACACCCAACACUGUUGUGAAUGCACAAGUCAGUGUGACUCUCCUGGAUGAGAACGACAACAGUCCUGAAUUCGUCAGGAGCACAUACGAGGGAAAGGUGUUUGCAAAUCAGACAGUGGGAAUGUUGAUAGUGCAGGUUAAGGCAGAGGAUCCGGAUGCAGAUGUAAAUGGGCAGAUCAAAUACUCAAUUGACUUUGGGAACAACGAUGGGUACUUCUCAAUCAAUGAAAACACUGGAGAGAUCUCACUGGCUAAAACCAUUCCCCUGGAGGAAAACAGGAUUUUGGAGUUCCCCCUCUACAUAACAGCCAGAGAUGGGGGAGUCAUAUCACGCUCGUCCUCAGCUCAGGUGAACGUUCGUGCUCCCGGUGACUCAAAGCCUCAGUUUUUACACAAAAUCUACCGCAGCACCGUAGAAGAAGAGCAGGACCCAGGAGUUGUGAUUCUUAAGGUUAACUUCCUUGCAAUCUCUGCUGUGACUCUCCGAGUUGAAACACAAGCUGACAAGUUUGACAUCUCCUCCACUGGUGAAUUUUCCACCAAGAUGAAGCUCGACUAUGACGAGGGCCCACACAACUACUCUGUGGAAAUCUCCAUCUCUGAUGGGACCAACAGUGACCGUGCAGUCAUUGAGGUUCAUGUCACUGACAUCAAUGAUAACAGUCCAGUCUUUGCCUCCAGUCCUGUCACAAAAUCAGUCCCAGAGGACGCAGAGGUAGGAUCCAACGUUACUGCCGUUCCAGCUACAGACAAAGACAGCAGCUUCAAUAAAGAGAUUAGAUACUCACUGAGAGGAGGAGAGGGGAGGUUCGCUAUAGAUCCUGUGUCUGGGAUGGUGAGUCUGGCCGGUGCACUUGAUAGAGAGACCAAGGCUGAGUACAACAUGCUGGUGCUGGCUGAGGAUCAGGGUCGUCCAGUCAGGUCGGCCACAGCCACCCUGGUGGUCCAAGUGUCCGACGUCAACGAUAACGUCCCAAAGUUUUCUAAGGCCGAGUAUCAGGCUGAAGUCUUAGAGACAGAGUCAGUGGGUACGAAUCUUCUCACAUUAUCAGCUGUGGACCCCGAUGAUGGAGCAAAUGGGCGAGUAACAUACAGUAUUUUCCAGCAAGAUCCCUCAUCAGACCCUGCUGUUUUUGAGUUGGACUCCUCCAGCGGGACCCUGCGGCUGGUCCAGACUCUGGACUACAGCAAGGUGAAGGUGUACAGUCUGAUGGUUCAGGCGUCUGACGGGGGGACUCCCCCUCUGGUUGGAAACGGCUCCGUGGUGGUGAAGGUGAAGGAUGUGAACAACAACCCACCCGAGUUCAGUAAGGGAAGCUACGACGUGGCCAUCUCUGAGAACCUGGCCAGUGGAGCCUCCAUCCUGACCCUGGAGGUCACUGACAAAGAUGAGGGUGGAUUCUCCAAUGGUCACUUCCUCUACACCAGUGAUACCUUUGACAUCAACAAACAAGGCGUGGUCUCACUGAGGAAGAACGCCACCUUGGACAGAGAGACAAAGGACAGCUACAUAUUUCAGGUCGUGGCGGUGGAUCAGCCGACCGACGGUCUGAGAGCCACGGCUCAGCUCAACAUCACCGUCCUGGACUACAACGACAACGCCCCACAGUUCCCGGUGAUCCCAGACCCCCUGCAGAUCCCAGAGGGAGACUACUCAGAGGAAACUCCGGGAGAGGUUUUCACCAUCGUGGCCACAGACGUCGACCUCGGCCUCAACGGAGAGGUCACCCUCUCCCUCACCUCCCCUCACCCGCUCUUCAGAUUCAGAGAGGAUGGGAUGCUGCUGGCUGUCGGCCAUCUGGAUCGGGAGAGAAGGGAAACUUAUGACCUGAUUGUGAAGGCUGCAGACAAAGGCAGCCCACAGAGAGAGAACAUCACCACCAUCAGAGUGAGGCUCACCGACGUCAACGACAACACACCUGAGUUCAGCUCCAGCAGCUACGUCAGCAGCAUCCUGCUGAAAGAUGCUGAGGAAGGGAAGCUGCUGCUGACGCUGUCGGCCACCGACAAAGACGCCGGGAACAACUCGCUCAUCACCUACAGUUUUUCUGCAGGAAGUUCUCCAUAUUUGGCCUUGAACAGUGAGACCGGGGCGGUGACGUUGACCUCUGACCUUGCUGAUGUCAAAGAGGACACCACGCUGCAGCUGACAGCCAUGGCCAAAGACCACGGCCGGCCUCCUCUGAACUCCACAGCUCGUGUCGUGGUGAACCUGCGGGUCGCCAGUCUGGAGGAGGGCGUGGCUUUCCAAAGUUCCUCUUACAACUUCAGCCUGCCUGAGAACCAGGCGGCGGGGGUCACGGUGGGGAAGGUCUGGGCCUCAGCAGGAAGCAAUCUUUAUGACGUCGCCUACUCACUGAAGACACACACUGACCUGUUCUCUGUCGACGCCACUGGAGCCAUUCAGACCAAAGCACAGCUGGACAAGGAGGAGCAGGAGUGGUACAUCCUGGAUGUGGAGGCAGUGGACACACGGAUCCCCCCUACGUCAGCCGUUGCAAUGGUCAGAGUUCAGGUGGUGGACGUGAACGAGCCUCCACAGUUUUCCUCUGAGGUUUAUAAAGCCUCCAUCUUCAACAUCGCUCCAUAUAAAACCCCCGUCACCACCCUACAGACCCUGAUGUCGGUGAUGAGGCUCAGCUGACCUACAUCAUGUCAGAAGGCGGGCCUUACUUUGACGUGGACCCGUCCUCAGGUCUGGUGUAUGUGGUGUCAGUAACAAGUCUGGGAGGAAACAUGGCUACACUGAAGGUGGAUGCCACAGACCCCCGAGGCCUUCGUACUACAACCAGUGUGGAGGUGGACGUUAAGAAAGGUGCAAGCAGCAGUGAUGUGGUGACCAUCUCCCUGAACCAGCACGCCAACGUGGUGGAGAAGAAAGUCCCAGAGCUGGAGAGGUCUCUGGGUGCGGCUCUGAGCUGGACUGUGAACAUCAUCGAGGUGUCGAGCUCUAACGGAGGAACCGCCGAGUCCAGGUCUCUGAGGGCAGACGUCAGGACUCUGGUCAGUUUCUUCGCUGUAGAUGGAGGACAGGUCGUUUCCUCUGAGGACGUUACAAAGAAGCUACAGAGCCAAUCAGCUGCUGUCGCAGCAGAGCUGGUCAAGGUAUUUGGGGAGGGGAUCCACUUUGAUGUACAGGUGAAGCCUGAAGGCUCCGCCUCCAAUGACGCUGCAAUCAUCGCCCUGAGCGUCCUGUUGGCCCUGAGCAUCGUGGGAUUGAUCGUUUCUAUUGUCUUGAUUGUCAGGUUCAAGACAAAGAAGAAUCAUCAGGAUUCUGACAGAGAGAACUUUGACAUUGAUCGACACGCUGAAGGUUACACGAACUGGCCCCAGAAGACGACUUCUGAACCCUCUGACCAGGGACAGACGAAGUCAGGAGAAGACAAGACGGCUCAGUGCAACAGGAAGGACGACGACGAUGUGAAAGUAAAGACAAACGGCGGCAGUGUGAGAGUUAAAGACGACAGUCACACGUCCUCUCUCUGAACCUGUACGGAGUCUGAAGAGUGCCAAGAAAAUAAUUAAAGUCUCAGCACUUUAAACGUAUCAUGACGCUUUUAUUAAAUGUUUAUGUGCAGCUUAUGAACGUUAAAUAACGUUUUACUAAUUUAUCAUCAAGGACAAAAUGAAGAAAUAGAAGGAAACCUCAGCAGCUGGUUUUAGUUUCUUAAGUUAAACCUGUUUUUAUUUUCUGAAAUCAGCUGCUGUCGUUUCUAAUUCAAAUUAAAAUCUUCAUCAUGACUUUAUUUUAAAAUAUUUCACUGAACAAACUGAUUUUAAAUUCUGUUUUUUUGGUUUAAGUUAAGGAGACGAUCGUACGACUCAAACAUUUAAUUAUCAGUCUGAGUGUUUUACUGAGCUGCUCUGAGAAGUUUAUCAUUUAACAGAAAUCAAAUGUCACUUUGUCUUUUUGCUUUAAUGCACUUUAUAAAUAAAACUGUAAAUAUUUAAACCGCUCUGCACUGAUACAUCAAACUGUGUCUGUGGCAUUUUCUCAUCUGUUAAGACGUAAACUGACGCUAAUGAUGCGUUUAAAGUCUGAAACUUAACUCAAACCUUUAAUAAUUAUUGAUUUUUACCUGUCGACAGUCACCUGACUGACCUGUGCAACAUUUAUUAUAAAAUAAAGAAAAUAAACCAG